UAGCAAAAUAUAUAUUGUGGAAGGGACAUUUGAAUUGUAAAAAAUGUCUGGAGUUUGCUGCAAAUGCCUUUACCUUCAAAGGUUCCAGUUAAUGCCUUUACGUUAUACCUCCAGUUUGUUGCAGAACAGUAGAUUCUCUACAGACACAGAAGAUACAAGUAACUUAUUAAAAAAAGAUUCAAAAAGACUGAUUGAGAAAACAAAACAGAAAUUACAUUCGAGAAAGCGAAGACCAACAACCAAUGUAACUGACCAAAAGUUGUCAGAGAAGUCAAAAGAAAUAGCUGUUCCAUCCUCUAGAAUAUCACGCAUGAUUAGUUAUGGAACUCUUGCAGCUGGACUUGGUUUUGGUGCAUUGAAUGAAAGUGUAAGAAAACAGUUAGGCGUAAGUUCAGGAACUGCUUUGUAUGGAAAUUCGUUUCUAACUGAAGCUAAUGUUGAGCGGAUAGUAACUACUUUGUGUAAAGUUAGAGGUGCUGCACUGAAGUUUGGCCAGAUGAUGAGCAUUCAAGAUAACUCAUUUGUUCCUGAUGAAGUGCAAAAAAUAUUUGAUCGUGUCCGGGCUAAUGCUGAUUUUAUGCCUCAAUGGCAAAUGCAGAAAGUUAUGACGUCAGAAUUUGGUGCAGAAUGGAAAAGUAAAUUUAAGAGUUUCGAUAAUAAGCCUUUUGCAGCUGCAUCAAUUGGACAAGUUCAUUGUGGAGAAACGUUGGAUGGGAGAACUAUUGCUGUUAAAAUUCAGUAUCCUGGAGUGGCAGAAAGUAUCAACAGUGAUAUUGAUACACUGCUAUCAAUACUUGUUUUGUCAAAACUCCUGCCAGAAGGUUUAUUUCUGGAGCAAGCAGCAGAUGUUGCUCGCAAAGAAUUAACAUGGGAAGUGGAUUAUCUACGUGAAGCAGACUGUUCAGCUCGAUUUAAAAAGCUACUGGAGGAUGACGAUGAAUACUAUGUUGCUGAUUAUAUACCAGAACUUACAACGAAACGAGUUUUAACAACAGAGCUCAUGCAAGGUGUUCCACUGGAUGCGGUCUUUGAUUUAGAUCAAGAAACAAGAAAUAGGGUAUCCACAGGAAUCUUGAAGCUGUGUUUAAGAGAAUUAUUUGAAUUUAAUUUCAUGCAAACCGAUCCAAACUGGUCCAACUUUCUUUAUAACCAACACACAGAUCAGUUGUGUCUGUUGGAUUUUGGCGCAAGCCGAGAGUACUCGAAAUCGUUUGUCGACGCCUAUAUAAAUGUUAUACAUGGAGCGUCGAUCGGCGACCGUGAAAUUGUCAGCAAUGGGCUGACGAAGUUGGGAUUUCAAACUGGAUACGAAUCCAAGGCGUUUAUUCAAGCUAAUAUCGAUGCUGUUAUGAUACUUGGCUAUCCGUUUGCCAAAAAUGAAAUAUUUGACUUUGGUGCACAAAAAAUUAUUGUAAAAAUUAGAGACCUUAUCCCUGUGAUGUUAAGUCAUAGACUGGUACCGCCACCUGACGAAACGUAUUCCUUGCACAGGAAAAUGUCUGGCGCCUUCCUUCUAUGCACGAAGCUCGGCGCCAAAAUCAACUGUUAUAAUUUAUUCAAUGAUAUUUGGAAUGUGUAUAAAAAUACAUAAUCAGU